AUGGGACAGGUGGUUGCCGCUUCUUGGAAUGGUACCGUACAAGAAGUAGUAGGUCCUGUUCUACCGAUCAAUGUAUGGACUCAUGUUACUAGUACUUACUCUCAAUCAAAUGGCAUUCGAUUGUAUGUCAAUGGCACAUUGAUCGGCAGUACAGGCUCCAUGGUCUACAUUGCACCGGAUAAAUACAACUUUCUGACACUCGCCUAUCCGUUCGCCGGAAGUCCAUGUGGUACAGUCUCGAUAUAUAGCGGUAAUUAUUUUGGUGAUCUUGACGAAUUACGCGUUUAUUCAAGAGAACUUACUGCUGCAGACAUUUCGCUUCUUGCCAAUUAA